GUGUGAGUUGGUUGUUUCUGCACUUUGUGAGACUUAAUGCACAUCAGCUGAGGUAUAGUCCUGAUUUUCUGUCCUUUAGUAGUAAAACUACUGUUAUUUUACUAAACAUUCCUGAGACUCCAGCAAGUAUUUGGAAGAUCACCUGUGAGUGGAUCACACCUGGAGUCUCUCUGAACAGUUAAAAUGGCGAGCUGGUGGUGGUUAGUGUGUUUGUGUCAUGUUGCUCUCUCUGACAGAACACAACAAAACUCCAUGAACUGUGAUAGAGUACGCAAACUUUUGCAGCUACAGCAGAUCGACACAACAACUGGUGUGCUGAACAAACCUCGAACAGGAUCGGAUCUUCAGGUGUGUCUGAGCAACAGUGUGACCUGCUGUACAAGGAUGGUGGAGGAGCGGUACCAGACAGCAGUGCAUCAGGACAUGCAGAAUCUUUUGCAGACCUUCAGCUUCAACCUGAAGCUUCUCAUCACACAAAAUAUUGCCAUCGUUCAAGACACUGUGGACUCAGUGGUGCGCGAAGUACAGAACCACACAUUUUACCUCUUGAACGAAUUAUAUGGUGACCUUGCAAGGCGUGGUUCUUCUCCACUGGCUGAACUUUUUACCGAUGUUGGUCUUUUUGUGCUGGGGGCGGAGCUUAACCUAGAAGAAGCAGCUCAUAGUUUUUUUAACGCACUUUUCCCAUUGGUGUAUGAGCAACUAGUAGAGCCACGUAUGGCACCUUUCGAUCCCGUCUACCAAGAGUGUGUACAGUCAGUAGGGCGCCGUGCAGCAGCCUAUGGUACUGCCCCGACUCGCCUUGCCUUGCUGGUGUCGCAUGCCUCUCUUGCGGAACGCACGUUUCUGCAGGCAAUGCACCUUGCUGUUGAGGUCAUCAACACCACGGACCAUGUCCAGGCAAGCCGCGAUUGCCGCUACGCAUUAAUGCGCAUGCGUUACUGCCCAUUGUGCCAGGCCCUGGUAGACAGCAAGCCAUGCAUGGGCUACUGCCUGAAUGUGCUGCGUGGUUGCUUGGCCGGUCUCGCCGAGGUUGAUGCCCACUGGCAGGAAUUUGUGCGCUCCUUGGAGGCGCUGGUUACACGCAUGCAGGAUGGGGAUGAGCUUGAGCACGUACUUUCCUCAAUUCCACCUCUCAUCACAGAUGCUGUAGCUUAUGCCAGCAGGAAUGCUGCCCGAGUCACCUCACAGGUUCAUGAGUUGUGCGGAGAACCUGUGCGCUCCAGUCAUGUCCAGCAGGGUGAAGCUAUUGACACACUACACCUCCACACUUUCUCUGAGAGAAACGAAGAGGAGUCUCUGAGUCACAGGAGACGGGAAUUCAUUAGUUCUUUCCGGCAUUAUCGGGCAUUUUACGGAGGUUUGGCUGAUCAGAUGUGUGUUAGAGAGCUAGCGUCAACUGAAGGACCCACCUGCUGGAAUGGAAUCAGCAUGGUCAAGAGUUAUACAAAGCGAGUUGUGGGCAGCGGAAUACGAGCCCAGGCACAAAACCCAGAAGUUUUGGUGAAGGAGGCUGAUCCAGUCAUCAACCAGGUGAUCGACAAGCUGAAGCAUAUCAACCAGCGCCUGCAGGGACGCUUUAUCCCUAAAUUGGGCACUUUGGACCAGAUCGAGAUGGGCAGUGGAGACACAGACUUGGUGUUUAGUGGACAAUGUGAUGAUGAAGAUGGCUGCUGGGGAUCUGGAGACAAAGCUGCAGAAACCCGAAGCAUUAAACCACCUGGAUUGAGCGAACAGAAACCUGAUGAAAAUCCCCACCAUGGCUCACACACACAAGCUUCUGGACAUAUACUUCAGGCUUCAUCAAGCUGUAGGAACACACACGGUGCCGUGUCAGCUCUCAGUGCAGUAUACACACUGCUUAUGUUAUGGAGGUAACACCUGAAAAAAAUCCAGCUCCUGAACCUGGACGCAGUAAAGACUCUCUACCAA